AUGGAGACUGAUGAUCCAGCAGACGGUUACUUCCGACGCUUCAACUCUUCCAUCGGAAACCCAUUCUUGAGAUCCGGUACACAUUGGCCGUCUCUUAUGUCUAUAAAUAAAGAUGAAGAGAUUUUCAGCGUCACUCGUCAAACGAGUCCCGGUCAUAAUCUUCUUCCUUUUCCCAACACUCAGGCUGCAUCUGAUCUAGGGAUCCUCAACUUUCACGUCGAAGAGCCGGACACGGUCUACCUCGAAGUCAAGUUUCCCAACAUGCAAUCCAUUAUACUCAGAGAGGACAACGUACAAAAGAUCAACGAGCCAGCCGUCAUCAAUUUCUGGCGGCUCUCUGGAAGUCGAGAGUAUGCUACGGGCAUAGGAAAGCGCCACGUAUUUUGUAUUCUCGGCUAUCGCGUUUUUUAUCUUCCUAAUGGUGGUGAACGGGAGGAACAUUGGAUUCAUUGGACAGGAUACCGCGCAUGUGAAGCCUCGUGGGUUGGAUCUGACUUUGCCCGGCGUGCUGCGCCUGAGAUGGUCCGGGCCUUCAACUCUGAGCGCCGACUUUCUUGCUACAGAGACUCUACUGGAGAGAUGUUUAUCACCAAGACUGCACCGCACUGCUCUGAAAUGGCAUAUGGGGCGAGUUGUAAUGGUUGCUUGCGCUGCGGAGGCGGAUGCAGCCGUGGCCAUGUUUAG